AUCAAGAAGAAACUAGGGCUCUUCUAACUCUAUCUACUCCCUUCUCUCUCAAUUUUUGAAAGAGUAACCCCCAUCAUUUUCAAAAGAUUUUUGUUUCUCCUUAGAUGUGUAGGCUAUAUUAGCCAAAACAAAGUUUUAAUUUGGUGAUUUGGGCUCUUUGGAGAAGUUAGCCAACCUCAAAAGAUGGCUUCUCAAAAGGAAAGAGAAACUCAUGUUUACAUGGCCAAGCUCGCGGAGCAAGCUGAGCGUUACGAUGAGAUGGUUGAGAGUAUGAAGAAUGUUGCAAAACUUGAUGUGGAAUUGACAGUGGAGGAAAGGAACUUGCUUUCUGUUGGCUACAAGAACGUCAUUGGAGCUCGAAGAGCUUCAUGGCGUAUUAUGUCUUCCAUUGAACAGAAAGAAGAGUCGAAAGGGAACGAGCAAAAUGUCAAGCUGAUAAAAGGCUAUCGUCAAAAGGUCGAGGAAGAGCUCUCCAAGAUUUGCUCUGAUAUUCUUGAAAUCAUUGAUAAACAUCUCAUUCCAUCUGCUGGCACUGGCGAAGCUACUGUCUUCUAUUACAAAAUGAAAGGUGACUAUUUUCGUUACCUCGCUGAGUUCAAGACUGAUUUAGAAAGGAAAGAGGCUUCUGAACAAUCAUUGAAGGGCUAUGAGGCUGCUACUGCCACUGCAAACACUGAUCUCUCUUCAACUCAUCCGAUUCGGCUUGGUCUUGCUUUGAACUUCUCUGUUUUCUACUAUGAGAUCAAGAACUCUCCUGAAAGGGCAUGUCACUUGGCUAAACAAGCUUUUGAUGAGGCAAUUGCAGAGUUAGACACUUUAAGUGAGGAAUCAUACAAGGACAGUACCUUAAUUAUGCAGCUCUUGAGAGACAACCUCACUCUAUGGACUUCUGAUUUGCCUGAAGAUGGAGGUGAAGAGAAUGUGAAGACUGAUGAACCAAAAGCUGUUGAACCAAAAUCUGCUGAUGCAAAAUCUGCUGAAGCAAAAUCUACUGAGGCAAAAUCUGUUGAACCUGAAGAGGCAUCAAAAGAUAAACAAUAGUCGAUACGCGCAACAAAUUACUAGAGGAUUUAUAUUUUGUUUUCUCAGUUUUACAAGACACAACUGCAGAUGCAAUUUAUUGAAUGAUCAUCUGAUAGUUUACUAGUUUGAGACUUAUUCAUUGAUUUUUUUGUUUUUAAUUUACUCAUGUUGUUUAUUGUGGAAGAGUUAUCAUCUAAACAACAGGCACAUUUUGUAUUACUUAAUAGUAUCUUCUUUCUUU